AUGACUUUGGGGGUGGGAUUCUUUGGGUCGCUUGCUUUUGGUUUGUCGUUCCAGCCAAGGGAGGUGUCGACAUGGGGUUGUUUUGCCAUCGCACGGCGUCGCUGUGCCGAUGAGGGUUGGCAUCGACACCCCAGCAUUUGCAGCCUUCCAGCAGGGGCUGAGUUUGCUUGUGAGAAAAGGAACUGGCUUCGCAAGACAAGGCCACCCUCGCCCACGGUGGAGGUUUGUUUGGGUGCAAGACUGGUGUGGCUGGACUCUUCCUCGAGGCAGAGAAGAGUGUUUGAAUUUUAUGCUGUUAUUGUAGUUGGCUGA